AAAAAGUUCAUCGAAACCACACAGGACAAAAAUCUAUAGUAAUUGAAAAUAAAAGUUCUUGAAAGCAAAGUUGAUAGAAUUAUGAACAUGGAAGAGGAUCAACGACCAUGGGCUGAUAUAUGCCCAUAUCUCUUGGAUUCCAUCUACAACAGACUCUCGUCUCAUGUCGACGGUACUCACUUUGGCAGCGUAUGCAAGAACUGGCACCAAGUUCACUCUCACAUCGCCCUUUCCAAUCCCCGACCUGUGUUGAUCAGCCAUGCAAAAUUGUCCAGCUCGGACGUCAUCCAAGUGCGGGAGGGUAAGCGACUUGUUCUCCAACGGCGUCGUGAAUCUCAAAUCCCAUAUGAGCUUGCAGGUGAAGACAUAGCAAUCCUCGGGAUGGCGGGUGCGUGGUUUUUUAUAAAAGUGCGUGAUGCUUUUUUGGGCUGGUACAAUCCUCUACUCCGAAGUCCUGCAAACUACUUCAGUCUUCCCAACCCGAGUUGGCGUUUUUCUACCUACGAUGACCAUUACAGACCUGACACAGUACUCAAAUUUGCUUUCUCAGCGCUACCCACGGCUCUCGACUCGGCAAUCCUCGUGGUGUAUGGCGACUCCUAUCUCUGCAUGUUUCGUCGUGAAAACAAUGCUGAAUUUGAGCAAAAGACAUACGAUUUCUCAUUGAGUGGGAAAAAAGGACAAACAUGUCUUGGCGUGGGCUACAAAGACAAUAGAUUCUUCUGUUUAUUUGAAAUGGGGGAUAUGUUGAUUUUCAGCAUCGACGAGAAUGAGACCAAGAUGUUGCUAGCGGCGACUAAACCUAUGUUUCCCGAACAACUCCAACGGUGGGACUAUUUAUGUGUUGUGGCGAUGGUGGUGGCAAAAAAAGCCCCAGCUGCAAAUGAUCGAUACCAUGAGGUAGAACAGGUGAUAUGGUUUAGGCUGGUCACUCAUUGGGAGCGGGAUUGUGAGGGGAGCUUCCGGCUAGUAGCAGUGGAGGAAAAUAAUAACGACGGUGAUGACAUAGAGGGCAACAGUAGAACAACAGGACUGAUUUUAGUGAAAGACCAGUUGCCAUUGAAGAGGACUUUCGACAUAUAUUAUAUUCAUAUGCUGUUUGCUCUUUUUUCCAUAGUUUUCAUGUAUUCUUUUUCUUGGAUUAUCUUUUUCCUAAGGAAUCGUUUGUGUUGAUAAAUUAAAAUACGGUGAAAACUGUUGUUUU